CACUCUGACCCUCUGUCUCUUUCCCCACAGAAUCCACAACCCUGGGGAAUGGCUCGUCUCUUUCUGUCCUGGAGGGUCAAUCUCUGCGUCUGCUCUGUGUCGUGGACAGCCGUCCCCCUGCCAGGCUGAGCUGGUCCUGGGGGAACCUGACCCUGUGUCCCUCGCAGACCAUGGACCCUGGGGUGCUGGAGCUGUCUGCAGAGCACCUCAGGGGGGGAGGGGAAUUCACCUGCCGUGCGCAGAACCCACUGGGCUCCCAGCACAUCUCCCUGAGCCUGUCACCACAGAGCAAAGCGGGGCCUCUAUCCGGAGUGACGCGGGGGGCCCUGUGGGGCACUGGAGCUACCUCCCUGCUCUUCCUGUCCUGCACCCUCCUCCUCCUCCUCGGAGCGUGCUCCUACAGGAAGAGGUCCGCCAGGCCAGCGGCAGGCUCAGGGGAUACCAACGCUGUCCAGGGCCCAGCCUCUCAGGCCUGAGGGAUCCCCCUCUGUUCUGCUGUCUCCUGUUAAAACAUUGUGUCACAUCAUGUCUCCUCAGAGCAGCGAGCACCAGCCCCCGCACUCCCUGACCCCUUCAUGGUUAGGGGCUGGGAUCUCUUCCUUGGACCUGUUCACCUCCCGCCUGUGUCUCCCCUUCCACCUGGUGCCAUCUUCCAGGUGCCCAGUGUCCACUUCCUCUGCUCUUGAACAUCGUCUGCAGGGGCAGACGGUAGACCCCUUGGCUGCUGACCCCCUGUCCCUGUU